GUGACUCGGAAAACACCCUCGCAGACUUUGUUGUCAUUUGGCGAUUUUCCGCAAAACACAGCUCUCGUUCCGGCUUUUGGCUUUGGAAAAGUGUCUUGGUGGCGAUGUGUCGUAUCCUGAUAUACGGAUGCCACGCGGUGGACAAGCAGAUCACGACAGAGGGCACGCAGACGCUGAUAUCGUGCCGACAAAUCAUAGCGGAUUCCAAGGAUGGCAUCAAGAGGGAGAAAUUUGAUGCAGAAAUCUUUAUAAAUCACGCCCAGUAUCCGGAUCUGCAUGAGCUGGUGUUUGUGCAGUCUGUGAAGGAGGAGGAGCCUGAGGUGAAGAGUGAAUCGGAUGAGCCGUACCAGGAGUUUGUCGAGGUCAUUGCGGGUUUUGAGGAAAAGGAGGAAUGUGACAGGAUUAGGUCGGAGAGCAAUUCGCCGUCGGCGGUGCGGGAUGAGGAAGACGUGGAGGAGGAAGAGGAGGAGGAGGAAGAGGAGGACGAGGAUGAGGAGGAGGAUAGAAAGCCACUGCUGAGGAAGAGACGGGCGCGGAAGCCAGAUCCUGAGGCGCCGUACAAGUGCUCAAAGUGUGGCAAGAUUCUCAAGACCAGGCGCACGUAUCGCACGCACAUGAAGAUGCACAGAGAGCGAAAGUAUCUGUGCGAGCUCUGUUCGCGUGGCUUCGUGAACUUUGAGAAGCUGAAGCGCCACAUGCGGAAGCACACGGGCGAGAAAGCGUUCGCGUGCAACAUCUGCCCGAAGUCCUUCAACUCGCGCCACCAUCUGGAUGUGCACAUUCGCAGUCACACGAACGAGCGGCCGUUCAAGUGCCAUCUCUGCCCGAAAUCCUUCCAGUCCAAGUCUAAUCUCAAUCCGCACCUGCGCGGCCACACGGGCAUCAAGUCGUUCGUGUGCGAAGUGUGCGGCAAAGCGCUGGCCACGAUGGCCAGCCUCACGAAGCACAUGAACAGUCACGAGGAUGUGAAGUUCGAGUGCUUCAUCUGCCAGAAGAUCUUCUCGUCCGUGGGCACGCGCGAUCGACACUUGAAGACGCACACGGGCGAGAAGAAGCACAAAUGCAAUAUCUGCGACAAGGCGUUCGUGCGCAAGGAUCACGCGAAGAAUCACAUGGCGAUGCAUGUUAAACGCGGUAGAGACAAGCUCUACAUGAUAAAUAUAUCAAUCUCUAAGAUUCUUCGCGCCGCUCGUUCGAAACCCCUCAACGGUCAGCGCUGUCAGUUUCUCUCGGGGGAUUUUGUGUUGUCCAGAGAACUUCCUGAAGAAGAGAUGUGUCGUGUGUUGAUUUACGGUUGUCGAGCUGUGGAUAAGAUCAGCAGAAGUGGUGCGGAGACAGUGAUAUCGUGCAACAGAUGCAAGGAAGACAGCAGAGAAAAGGAUGAUUUUGAAGCGGAAAUCAUCAUAAAUCACAAGGAUUUUCCACACAACCAUCAACUGAUCUUCUCUCAGUUCAUCAAGAGUGCGGAAUUAGAGAUUGGAAAUGAAGAUGAACUCCCGGAAACGUUCAUAACAUUCCCAUUGAUAGUGGAAUCCAAUGAAAGGCAAGAAUCUUCUCCAGCAACUCAAGAAGAACCGCCUAAAGAGACAUCGAAUUCCAACACAUCGUUCGAUUGCGAGGAGUGCGGAAGAGUCCUGAAGAGCAGGCGGACUUUCAAGGCGCACAAGAGAAUUCAUCGCGAAAGGAAGUUCAUCUGCUUGCUCUGCUCCAGGAGUUUUGCUGUGCUGGAGAAGCUGAAGCGUCAUAUGCGGAAGCACACGGGCGAAAAGCCCUUCCCGUGCAAUCUCUGUUCCAAAUCCUUUGACUCACGCCACAAUCUCGCUGAUCACGUGCGCACUCACACAAACGAGCGGCCCUUCCAGUGCCACCUCUGUCCAGACGCCUUCCCGUCCAAGUCUAAUCUCGCUUCGCACCAACGCAAGCAUCUGGGCAUCAAGGCGUGCGUGUGCGAGGUAUGUGGCAAGGCGCUGAGCUCAAUGUCGAGCCUGAAGAAGCACACGAAGAGCCACGAGAACCUGAAGAUCGAAUGCUCGGUGUGCCGAAAGACCUUCACGUCUGUGAGCAUCCGGGAUAGGCAUCUGAAGAGUCACACGGGCGAGAAGAAGCACAAAUGUGAGUUCUGCGACAAGGCGUUCGUGCGCAAGGAUCACGCGAAGAAUCACAUGGCGCUGCACGUGAAAAGAGUGGGAAAGUGAGUGUAAUGUCCUUAUAUAUUAAAGAAGUCUU